GUCGACGACAACGUAGUAGGGGUAGGUAGGUACUCUUCAGCAAGCGCAGCCAUCGUCAGAGUGAGUGCAGCUCGGCUGCCGCCUAGAAGUACAGCAAGUGGAUCACCAUGCCGGCCACCACCCUGUCGGGCAGCGCCAGCGCCUUUGCCUUUGCAGGCGGACUCGCCGUUGGCGUCGGAUCCGUCUACGCCCUCAGCCGCACCUCCUUUGCCCCCGCGACCAAAGUGUCCAAGUCGACCAAGGACAAGCUCGCCAAGGCCACCCGCAGCAGAAGCACGAAGGAUAGUCCCGCUGACACCCUCCACAUUGUUCCACUCGGCGAGAAGCUCGAUGCAGUCGACUCCAAAGUCAGCGGCCCCGCAGCAGCGGGCAACGAUCACAAAUCACACCAGGCUAUCACCGCGGUCCUCGGCGAUGUAGCCAACAAAGCGGGCCACGACAUCGCGCGCCUGCAGCCAGUGCUCAACACGCUCGCGCGCGCCAAGCACGUGCAGACCAAGAUGAACCUCGCCAAGCAGCUUACUACAGCAGAAUCUCCUUCGUCGUCGCCACCCGCCUGGCUGACCGGCCUGGAACACUCAACCAGCGCGCUCGCCGCGACGGCCAACGGGCAGAUCGAGCAGGCCAUCUACCGCAGCUCGGACGCCGUCUUCGUCUACGAGUCCGCCACCAACGCUGGCCGGCUCGGUGCGUGGAUCGAGCAGCAGGCCGCCGAUGCGCGCCACCGCAAAUGGCCUGCCGGACAGGGCACCGGCCGCCCGCAGGUGUUCAGCAUGCAAACGCGCGCCGGCGCAUCCGCCGCCAUACUCGGCUACCUCCGCGGCAGCGCCGAUGGCAGCGGUGGCAGCAGCGGGGUCGGCGAGGCAAGCACGUUCGCGCCCCCGGAAUGGCAGAUGCCGCGCACCGGCAACGUCGUCAGCGCACUCACCGACGCGGCCGGUUUGCUAGCUGCCGCGCCGGCGCUGUCGCUCGCGCCCGAGCACGCGUCCGACCGCAUCAUCCUACACGUCUCAGGCUCAUCCCAGACGCCGAUUCUCAGCAGCGCUGAUUCCGACGCCGGAAACCUAAGCGUGUACGACGACUCCCACGCCGUCCUCGCCGCGGCCGACGCCCUCGGCCACAACGCCAACUUUGCCGUCGUCCUGUCCGCCGACCGCCAGGAGGCGGUCGACGUCGCGGUUGCGUCGUACGCCGCGGAGCGCGGGCACGUUGUGCACAUCUUUGACGCUGCUUCCGCCGGCCGGCACGUUGCCGCCGGCCUGCAGCCAUCGCCUGCCGUCGCCGCGCUCGGCGCAAAGCAAGAGGGAACGUCCAUCGUCGCCGCUCUGCACCGCGCCGGCCUCGGCGCGUUCCGUUACGUCGGUCCCGAUGCGCCAAACACCCUGCUUGUCGUGCCCAACACGCAGCUCGCCGCCGCCGCGCGCGCCGUGCACGCCGCCCUCCCCACCGCGCAGCACGCCGCCAUCGGUGUCCUCGCGGUGCGCGUUGUGCGGCCGUGGAGUGACGCCGCGCUCCGCGAGGCGGUUCCCGCGUCCGUGCGCACGAUCCACGUGCUCGAAGAGACGCACGGCGCCGCCGGCAACGGUACGCUUUUCCAGGACGUCGUGGGAUCCAUCUUUGCGAACCCGCAGCAGCGCGCCGAGCGCAUCCAGGUGCGCCCCAUCGCCAAGCCGGUCGGCGCGCGCGUCACUGCUGAGCAGUGGUUUGCGCUGUUCAGCUUGCUCAGCGACAGCGGUAGUGGCAAGGCGGCUUCUAGCGCCGCCAUCUCAUGGGAGCAGGUCAAGGCUGCCGCGGCCACUGCCAUCGACGCCGCCGAUCUGCUCGCAGGCGAGCCCGGCGCGCCGCGGCUCGCUGCCGCGUUCGACACCGAUGCGUCCGCGACGAGCUACACGGGCCGUCUCGUUUCGCGCUUCUUCAAUGACCGCGGCGUGCGCGAUGGCGCCAUUGACUGCGCCCUCCUCGAGCGCUUCGACAACUUCACGGCCGGCGGUGUCGUCCGCGACGACCUGCUGCUCAGCGUCAACGCCCCCGCCCCUAGCUUGAACGUCCCCGCCGAGCUCAUCGCGGACCAGGGUGCAGCGACUCUCAUUGUUGGCGACGCCGCCAACCUGCUCAAGGCCGUCGACGUCUUUGCAAACGUCAAGCGUGGCGGCACCGUCCUCAUCGACAGCCUCGGCUGGACCCCGGCCGAGCUGAACGCCAAGCUGCGCGCAGCCGACAAGCGCACGCUUGCCACCAAGAACGCUCGCCUCUACCUCGUCGACACGGCCGCCGUCGUGCAGCAGCUGCAGGACGCCGCGGACAAGGCCGCGGGCGGCAAGGCCAAGGCCAUCACGAUUGACCGCGAAGUUGCCGCCGCCGUGCUCGCUGUUGCGUUCCUGCGUGUGCACUUCAACACGUCCGGCAGCACGCUCAUUGGCCUCAUUCGCAAGGUCCUCGGCACCGCCCCGCUUGGAGUUGCCGCCGGCGGUCUCGACGCGCUCGUCAACCUGACCGAGCGCAGCGUUCAGCUGUUCAAUUUUAGCAACGACGACUGGGCCGCCGCUGAGCCCAUCUCGGACACCGAGGCAAAUGCGCCGCUGCGGCCCGCACAUAUCACAUUCAACAACUACGCGCGCGGCCUCCCCGCUGAUGUCCUCGCGCUCGAGCCGCAGCCCGCCAAGGGAACGUGGGCGCUUUCCGCGUGGCAGGCGCUCUUCCCCGAAGCGUACGGCCUUGAGGAACAGGCACUGCGCCCGGAUCUACACGAGAAGACAUGGGUCGUCACCAUCACGGAGAAUAGGCGCCUCACACCGCUCAACUACGAUCGCAACGUCUUCCACAUGGAGCUCAGCACGGAAGGCACCGAUCUCAAGUACGAAGUCGGCGAGGCGCUCGGCAUCCACGGCUGGAACGACGAGAAGGAAGUGCUCGAGUUCAUCGCGUGGAGCAGCUACAACCCGGACGAAGUCGUCUCGGUUCCCAGCGCGACGGACGCCAGCAAGUACGAGACUCGCACCGUCUUCCAAGUUCUGCAGCAGAAGCUUGACAUCUUUGGCAAGCCGGGCAAGAAGUUCUACGAGGCACUCUCCAAGCUCGCAGCCAACCCGGACGAAGCCAGGUGGCUCCGCUUCAUCUCGUCUGCCGAGGGCUCGAGUACGUUCAAGAAGCUCUCGGAGAUCGAGACCGUCACAUACGCGGAUGUGCUCAAGAUGUUCCCGUCUGCACGCCUGUCGUUCGAGAAGCUGAUGCUCGAAGUCGAGGAGAUCAAGCCGAGGCACUACUCGAUCGCAAGCGCACAGGCCGCCGUCGGCAACAGCGUCCACCUGCUCAUCGUCACCGUCGACUGGAAGACGCCAUCGGGUAGCCCACGCUACGGCCAGUGCACGCGCUAUCUCGCCAACCUCCACGUCGGCGCCAAGGUCACCGUCUCGCUCAAGCCAUCCGUGAUGAAGCUCCCGCCGAACGACGAGCAGCCGAUCAUCAUGGCAGGCCUUGGUACUGGUGCCGCUCCGUUCCGUGCGUUCAUCCAGGCGCGCGCGCUCCAGCGUGCCCAGGGCAAGAAGGCCGGCCCGCUAGUCUACUACUUUGGCUCGCGCUACCGUUCCUCCGAGUACCUCUAUGGUGAGGAGCUGGAAGCGUACACGCAGGAUGGCGUCGUCUCGCGCCUUGGCCUCGCUUUCUCACGUGAUCAGAAGCACAAGAUCUACAUCCAGGAUCGUAUGAAGGAGGACGGCGAACUACUGGCCAGCUACCUCGCGCCCGAGCUUGACGCGCUCCGCAAGGCUGGCGGCGAAGCGCAAAUCAUUGUUGACGACCUCACGAGGAAUGUGGAUCCGACGCACCCCUCCGCUGGUUACUUUUACCUAUGCGGUCCUACCUGGCCCGUUCCAGACGCUACGGAAGCUAUCCUUAACUCUUUCCAGGCCCGUGGACUGUCGAAAGAACAGGCCGAACAGCGUCUGGAAAAGUUGAAGGAGGAGGAACGCUUUGUGCUUGAGGUCUACUGAGCACAAUUCACAAACGCCCCAGUUCCUACCAAAAUAUCGUUUCAAACAGCUAGAAUAGAGUCAGCGUCCCGUUGUACGCGUCGCGGGUAUAGAUAGAUUUGGAAGAAUGAUCUUUUGAUUCUUUUGCUCGUUCGGAGGACGACACCAUGAACUCGGAAGGGGAUGGACAGAAGCGAUGUGAGAAGCCCUAGAAAUACAAAGGCAAGUCCGGAAAUCCAAUGGCCCUGUACAAGCAGCUGAGGGAAUGCUAUCGCAGUG